GCUCCGCGCUCGGUUAGCUUUUCAUUCUGAAAGCGCGUCGUUCGUGUCGCUGUGUGGCUUCUUGCUCAACUUUAUCACGAGGAAAAAAGGCAAAUUUUGGUCCUAAUACGUGGUCGGUUCCCCGCGGGAACCAGCAGAAAGUGAAGAGCAGCUGUACAACCGGCGGAUGAUAUUGGAUUUUCUUCGGGACAAGGACCAAUCAUCGGAUUAAUAGUGGUUUGAAGUGAAGAAGAUUGAAAUCGGUCGGAUCUUUUUGCGCGGUCUUCUCCGAUCCGGUUGUGCUCUUAUCAUUGUAAGGUGUUUAGUGGAAGGAAUUGCUAAAACUCGGAAGUGAUCGUAGUUAUUCGGUUGGAUUGUGAAGAGUAGCAGAAUAUAAUUUUACAUUUAUUGAGUGACAUCUUCAAAAAGACAUCCCUGGAAACGAUCGAGCGUCACCCGGAAAAAUGACCGACAGCAAAGGGUAUGCCGUAAAUGACCUCGUCUGGGCCAAAAUGAAAGGAUUCUCGCCCUGGCCGGGUCGUGUCUCAGAACCGCCCGUAGAGCUUCGUCGAAUUACCGUGAAGAAAAACAUUCCCGUUCAAUGUAUUUUCUUUUUUGGUUCCAACAAUUACGCGUGGAUCGAGGAGAACCAAUUAAGACCAUAUCUGGAAGUCAAAGAAAAGAUGCUCUCGUCGUGCAAGUCGGCCGGCGUAAGGGAAGCUAUCCAGCAGAUCGAAGAAUUCAUUACGUCACCGGAAAAUUUCCAGCAUCUCUUCGCCUCGGAGCAGGAAAACCGCCCUGAUCCGGACGUCGAGUUCAACAAACUUCGCGAGGGGGCCAGUGAGGAGGAAGCGUCCAUCAACAAUACGUCAACUCCAGCUGCGCUGGAAUCGGUGGAAUCUACGCCCGUCGCCACGAAAAAAUCUGCAACCAAAAAGAAAGUACGUGCUUCGCUGCCCAUCAAGUUGAACAUUGAGAAGGCUGCGUCCACAACCAAGGCCCGCGCGAUAGGAAACAAAGCAAAAGCGGCGGCCUCCCUCGACGGCACUUCUUCGCCCAAACGAAAACGGAAAAUCCUCAACGACAGUGCGGGCGACGCUUCCUCACUGGAUCUCAACACAUUUUCGCCGGUUCGCCGCAAUGUCAAUGUGUCGCACCUGCUGGAUCGGCCGGUGACCGUAGCCCGUCCAGCCACUCCGGAAAUCGAUAUGUCCAGCGUUUCGAACGCGCUCCAGUCGCGCAACAUCCAGGCUUCGACGCUGAAGUUCGGCUUCCUCGGGCUCGGCAUCAUGGGCUGCGGCAUGGUUAAGAAUCUUCUGAACUCGGGCCACUCGGUGGUCGUAUGGAACCGGACGGCCACCAAGUGCCGAAAGUUUCUGGAAGCAGGCGCCGAAGUUGCCGACACCCCGUCGGACGUGAUCGAAAUGACAGACGUGACGUUCUCGUGCGUUGCCGAUCCGCAGGUUGCCAAAGAGUUGGUGUUCGGAAAUUGUGGUGUCAUGUCGGCAAACCUGGUCGGGAAGGGCUACGUCGAAAUGACCGGCGUCGACCCGGAAACGUCACAGGACAUUGCGGAACAAAUUAUCGCCAAAGGAGGGCGAUAUCUGGAGGCACAAAUUCAGGGAUCGAAAAACCAAGCGGAGGAAGGAACGUUAAUAAUUUUGGCCGCUGGUGAGCAGUUGCUGUUCGAAGAGUGUCAGACGUGCUUCGAAGCUAUCUCGCGCCACUCGUUCUACAUGGGAAACGUAGGCAAUGCUACCAAGAUGAAUCUGGUCCUUCAGAUGAUCUCCGGCGUGAUGCUGGCCGGAAUUGCAGAGGGUCUGGCGUUGGCUGACCGGGCGGGACUUCAACAAAAGGACGUUCUCGAAGUGCUGGAAUUGACAAGCAUGUCGUCAGAUUUGGUGUUGCAGAAGGGAAACGCGAUCAUCAAGGGCGAAUUCCCGACCCAGCUGCCACUGAAGCACAUGCAGAAGGACCUCAAGCUGGCGCUGAAUAUGGCGGACGGCUUGGAGCAGUCCAUCCCCCUGGCGGCCGCUUCGAACGAAGUCUUCAAGCACGCGAAGCGCCUCGGUUACGGUUCGCACGAUGCCAGCGCACUUUACGUGCGGUCGAGGUUUUAACAGCGACUCGGUCCGGCGGCGGCGCGGCCCUCAGAAAUGUGAGCUUGAAUUGAGUCGUGCGUAGGGUAGAGAGAAGCAGGGCGUUGAGUGACCACGGCCAGGGAGCUUCCUGCAUCCUCGCCGGCACCCCAUCGAUCGCUGGGGUGUGAGUGUGCGGGUGCAUGACCAUUGGCGGUUCAAGGAUUAUUUUUAGUAGCUAUUUUUUUUUUGUUUUCUUUUAGUGAAAAAGAACGAAUCCCGUUUGUGAGGUAUAUCGGACCUCACAUUGUGUGCAAGUAGAUGAUAACUAAGAUGAGAGAUGGUAAUUUAUAUUUUACCAGUUUAACUAUAAGACUACAAAUUUGGAAAGUAAUGUAAUAUAAUUCCGACAACAUCAAAAACAGUUUUGGAAUCAUUAAUUCGCACUCAAAGAAAAAUAUAUUCCCGGAAAUAACCAGCUAAAGCGCAAGAGAGCACACAUUUUAUGUACUAUUUUUCCUUGCAUGAAAGCAAUGAGAAAAAGAAAAAGGUUAGAGUUAGAAACCAUGAUUUCCAAACUCUAUUGGAACAAAACAAAAACGGAAUGCCUAUAUUAUAGUUCUACAAUUUUAAGUUUUAUUAUACAAAAAUCUAAGAAACAAAUAAAAAUUAAGAAUAGGUCAAAUUAUGUCCUAUUCCGUUGAUUUAUUUCUAAUUGAUUAAUUUUAUGAUGAUACAAAAACAAUUUUUCAAGAUAAUGUUCAUAAACCGGGCCCGGUUUAGAGUUCACCCUCAAGACCAGGAUAAACAGAAAAUAGAAAUAGAUGUGGUGUCACUGAAAUAAAAAAAAAACUAAAAUGUAACGAAUGACGAAUGAAUAGAUAUUUUAUUUUCCUCCUAUUUUCAACAAACUUCAGUACCACAAAAGAUCGUGCAAGAAUGCAAACAGCAACCUUAAUUGAUUUCUUAUUUCGUGAAACAAGUGGAUCGUGAAAUAAAACAUGUACUGUAAAGAAAUGUA